CACGGCUGUACUGUUCCUGGCGCGUACAGAAGGCUGUGAUCGCUGUGAUAGUCAUGGAGGAUAUAUUAUCGAUGUUGUUAGUCCCAGAUAGUGCUGUAAUUCAACAGGGAACCAAACAACUACGAGAAGCUUUCAAGGAUCCAGAAGUAAUUCCAGCCCUGUGUAAUACAGUAGGUGCUUCUCAGAACCCUCAGGUCAGACAAUAUGCUGCUGUUCUUCUUAGGAAGAGGCUUUCUAAGAGCAAGCAUUGGACAGAGCUGCCAGUUAAUGUUCGAAAUGGAAUAAAGCAGGGAAUUUUGCAAGCUCUGGUUAGUGAACCAGAGAAGUUUGUGAAGAACUCCAUUGCCCAGUUUAUUGGAACAAUAGUAAGACAUGAGUUUCCCAGUAAGAGCUGGCCAGAAGUGAUGCAUUUCUUACAGCAGCUAACCAGCAGUGACAACAUGUCAGAGAAGGAGUUGGGAAUGUAUACACUGAGUGUGAUCUCUGAAGUAUCUCCUGAUCAGUUCUUGCCUCAUGCUCAGUCGAUGGGUGUUCUGUUCAGCAAUGUAUUGAACUCUGUUCAGGAUCUUGGGUCACGAUUGGCUUACUACACAGUCCUCACAAUGAAUCACUUUGUGCCACUUGCAGUUGUAGAUCAAGCGUUAGUGAUUGUGUAUCACCAACUUAUGCCACGGGUGAUGCAGAUUGUUAGGGCAUUGAUUGUCACUGAUGAGGAACAAGCUAUUGAAGCCAUGGAAAUCUUUGACAACCUUGUUCAGUGUGUUACAGCUGUCAUUGUUCCCCAUAUUAAACCAUUAGUUGAGAUGUGCCUUGAGUUCGCUAGCAACAAGACUCUGGGUGAUGGUAUUCGUGUCAAGGCAUUGAGUUUCAUUGGCUGGUUAACACGAAACAAAAAAAAGGCUGUUGUGAAGAACAAGCUGGUACAACCUAUUCUUGAAGUGGUGUUCCAGCUGAUGAGCGUUCCUCCAGAAAAUGAAGAGAAAGAGGAAUAUUUCUCAGAAGAUGUGGAUGGAAGUACACCCAUGACUUGUGCUACUCAGACUCUUGAUAUUCUGGCAUUGCAUUUGCCUCCAGACAAGCUUCU